GUAACUCGUUUGAUAUCGUCAGUUCAAUUUCUUGUUGCGGUUAAUAGAGUUGAUUACCUUGUAAAUCAGUAUCUGAUUUAUUUCUCAAGUCUAAACUUAUCUAAAAAAUUAUUUAUUUAAUUGCAUAUAACUUUUUGAUAUAUCUAAAACAACAAAAUGGCACCAGUUGGUGAUUCAAAAAAUCAAUAUAAUUUAAUUGUAAUUGGCGGUGGAUCUGGAGGUUUAGCGGCUGCCAAAGAAGCUGUUGAACUCGGUGCUAAGGUAGCCGUUCUUGAUUUUGUUACUCCAUCGCCGAGAGGAACAAAAUGGGGACUUGGAGGUACCUGUGUAAAUGUUGGAUGUAUUCCCAAAAAAUUAAUGCAUCAAGCUGCUCUUCUUGGGGAAGCUAUUCAUGAAGCAGUUGCUUUUGGAUGGCAAUUACCUGAACCAAAAAGCAUUAUCAAUGAUUGGGAAACUUUAAGAACUGCAGUACAAAAUCAUAUUAAAUCAGUAAACUGGGUGACUAGAGUGGAACUCAGAAACAAGAAAGUCGAAUACCUUAAUGCCUUAGGGUAUUUUAAAGAUACUAAUACCGUAGUGGGAGUGAUGAAAAAUGGCGAAGAGAAAGUUUUAACUGCUGACAAUAUUUUAAUUGCUGUCGGCGGUCGUCCAAGAUAUCCAGAUAUUCCUGGUGCCGUUGAGUACGGUAUUACCAGUGAUGAUAUUUUCAGUCUUGAACAUGCUCCAGGAAAAACUUUAGUGAUUGGAGCUGGAUACAUUGGUCUAGAAUGUGCAGGCUUUUUGAACGGUCUUGGGUAUGACGCAACAAUUAUGGUAAGAUCAGUAGUUUUACGAGGAUUUGAUCAACAAAUGGCAAAUCUAAUUGCGGAAGAAAUGGAGCAACGUGGAGUUCAUUUUAUUUAUCAAGCUAAGCCUAAAAAAAUUGAGAAACAAGAAGAUGGCCGAUUACUUGUUCAUUAUAUUGAUAAAAAUGGAAAAAUGCAUCAAGAUAUCUAUGAUACUGUUUUGUUUGCUAUUGGUAGACAAGCUUUAACUCAACAAUUAAAAUUAGAAAAUGCUGGUGUUACAGUUGUUCCUGAAACAUUAAAGAUAGCUGCAGAAAAUGAACAAACUAACGUUCCUAAUAUUUAUGCCGUAGGCGAUGUUCUGCAUAAAAGACCAGAAUUGACUCCAGUAGCAAUUCAUGCUGGUAAACUCUUAGCCAAGAGGCUUUUUGGAAAUUCAACAGAAAAAAUGGAUUACACUAAUGUAGCUACAACUGUAUUUAGCCCAUUAGAGUAUGGGUGUGUUGGUUUGAGUGAAGAACAAGCAAUUGCAAUGUACGGAGAAGACAACAUUGAAAUUUAUCAUGCAUUCUAUAAACCUACAGAAUUCUUUAUUCCUCAAAAAAAUAUGUCUCAUUGUUAUGUAAAAGUGAUCAGUAUGAGAAAUACAGAACAACGAGUGCUUGGAAUGCAUUUUAUUGGCCCUCAUGCUGGUGAAGUAAUUCAGGGAUUUUCUGCCGCUAUGAAAUGUAAACUAACAUUUCCAGCUUUGAAAUCUACUGUUGGAAUUCAUCCUACUACUGCCGAAGAGUUUACUCGAAUAUUUAUUACAAAAAGAUCAGGAGUAGAUCCAACUCCUCAAAGUUGUUGCAGUUAGAAUAUAUGAAAUGAUUGAAAAAAUUGUUCAAGGUUACUUUUUAAUAGAAUAAGUCUCUGAAAAGAUAAUUUAGGCUGUUUAUUAAUUUGUAUCUUCAAUACAGAAGAUAUACUUGUAUUAUUUUUAUAUUCAACUUCAAGAAAUAAUUAAAAAUACGAUGAACAAAAAGUUGGCCUUACAUUUUUGUUAACAACUAUUAUUAUGAAUAUUAAUAAAAAGAAUUGAUAAAAUGGA